UUUCAACAACUUGAAGUAGUGCACAUGCACUGCUGAUGGCCUCUUCAAUAAUCUUUCCCACACCAUCCAAUUCUUUUACUUCUCUAUAAAUACCAAUAGUAUUACUUCUCAUAGGAGUAUCUCACUAAUUUCACCAGUGCCACUUGGUUCUUGAUUCUGUCAAAGAAACCAUGGUUUCUAUUUUAACCAGGAGGUCCAAUGCUUACACAAAGUUGGAAAUUGAAGACCCUGAAGACACAAGACAUCGCCGCGCACAGUUCUUGAUCUACAAAGUUCUGCAACAGGCUGCAGAUUCGUCGCCAAGACGACGAAAGAGGUCCUGGUUGAGGAUUCGAAUGUGCAGAUUAAAGAUUAGGAUUGGGAAGAGACUGAAGAAACUGAGGAAAGGCUUUGUGUUAAGUAUUGGUGCAGCUAAAGGUGGUGCUCAUAAACAAGCUAUUAGUCAUAUGAAAACAUGGAAGCGCUUGUUUGGUCUAGUAUAAGAAGCCACAUAUGCAUUUUUUUUAAAGCACUCAUUCUUCCUCAUGUCUUUACUUGAGAUCAAGUUCUUGUAAGCUACUUCUAUAAAGUUAUAUACUUGUUGAAUUCUGCUA